CGAUAUGGUAGCAACAUUGCAAAUUCAUCGGGAUUUGUUGGUCAAAACAUUAAAGAAUACUGAUUAGAAUAUUAUGAUUCAAUGAGUAAAGGAUGUAACGAAUCAGUGUUAUUAUUUUUUAACAUUAUGUCGACGGAGAGUACAAAGACAAGAAGAAAGCAAGUUUACGACAUGAAUGAAUGGAAGUACUGCAGAGUGAAUAAUUUACUACAGCAAACUAACGCGUUGUUCUCGAUGACCUUUGUUAAAUACAUCAGGGGUGCUUCAGUGCUUAUUGUUCCACUGAAGUAAAUGAAAUAUUUUCGCUUGAAAAUGGUAUGGGAAAUAGUAAUUCAGAAUUGUUACCUGUUGGCCAGCAGCUUCAACUUUGUAAAGUUUUGGAAACCAGUGAAAAAUGGGAAUAUAACAAAUAAUAAUAAUAACCAGUUAAAGAACAUUUGACGACCACGUUCUAUUCCCAUAUUUGAAGAUGAAUUUUUUGUGCCUUUGGUGAAUUAUUAAUUUAUAGACGGAAGAUGGUUCAUGAUUAAUGUGUGAUAAAAUACUCGUUCAGAAAAAUGAAAAAUCGAAACAAUAUUUAUAGUAUUAUCUGUCUUUAUCGAUAUUAGAAAUACAAUAUUUUAAAAUUAAAUAAGUUUAAAUAAAAAUUAUUUGGUUUAUUGCACUACGCAAAAACCUUUUU